AUGCUCCAAGUAGGAAGGAGGUCUGGCCGCAGCUUAUUUGGGGCCGUUUGUCCCAGGCCGGAACCGUCCGGUUUCGGGGCAGCACCAUUCCAAUCAGGAGGGUGUUAUAGCCCUGUCCCCGGACUCUCGUGGACGCCGAGUGGCAGGCGGCUGUCCCAAGCAGCGGGUGCGCGUUGUUGCGCGCUCUAUGCUCCUUUUGCAGAGCCAGCCUUCGGGGAGGUGAACCAGCUGGGAGGAGUGUUCGUGAACGGAAGGCCGCUGCCCAACGCCAUUCGGCUUCGCAUCGUGGAAUUAGCCCAACUGGGCAUCCGACCUUGUGACAUCAGCCGCCAGCUACGGGUCUCGCACGGCUGCGUCAGCAAGAUCCUGGCGCGCUACAACGAGACGGGCUCGAUUUUGCCCGGAGCCAUCGGGGGCAGCAAACCCCGGGUCACCACUCCCACCGUGGUGAAACACAUCCGGACUUACAAGCAGAGGGACCCAGGCAUCUUCGCUUGGGAGAUCCGGGACCGCCUGCUGGCGGAUGGCGUGUGCGACAAGUACAACGUGCCCUCGGUGAGUUCCAUCAGCCGGAUUCUGCGCAACAAGAUCGGCAACUUGGCCCAGCAGGCUCAUUACGACACGUACAAGCAGCACCAGCCUGCGCCUCAGCCCGCGCUACCUUACAACCACAUCUACUCGUAUCCCAGUCCCAUCGCGGCGGCCGCUGCUAAGGUGCCUACACCACCCGGGGUGCCGGCCAUCCCCGGUACAGUGGCCAUGCCGCGCACCUGGCCCUCCUCUCACUCUGUCACCGACAUCCUGGGCAUCCGCUCUAUCACCGACCAAGGAGUGAGCGACAGCUCCCCCUACCACAGCCCCAAGGUGGAGGAGUGGAGCAGCCUGAGCCGCAACAACUUCCCGGGCGCGGCCCCGCACGCAGUGAAUGGACUGGAGAAGGGGGCCUUGGAGCAGGAGGCCAAGUACGGGCAGGCACCAAAUGGCCUCCCAGCUGUGAGCAGUUUUGUAUCAGCAUCCAGCAUGGCUCCUUACCCUACUCCAGCUCAAGUGUCACCUUACAUGACCUACAGUGCUGCUCCUUCAGGUUAUGUGGCUGGACACGGGUGGCAACAUGCCGGCAGCACCCCUCUGUCCCCUCACAACUGUGACAUUCCCGCAUCGCUGGCUUUCAAGGGAAUGCAGGCAGCCAGAGAAGGUAGCCACUCUGUGGCGGCUUCUGCACUCUGA